CGAACCCUUCCUAAUCACAAGCUCACCAAUUGAUUACCGUCGACCAUCAUGAACACUAACGGCGUUCCAUCACACCGGAACGGCGGAGCUACGCGCUCUCCCUUGGCUUGUCUGCCUUGUCGCUCACGCCAUCUGAAAUGUGACGGGCAGAAACCUCAGUGCAACCGCUGCGUCAGUGCCUCUACGGAAUGCAAAUAUGCUCCAUCGCGCCGGGGCGGUCUGGAUCGCGCCGCACUCGCAGAGCGACGCAAGCGCCUUGCGGCAGCAAGUAACGAUACAUCAGUCGAUAGCUCCAGGUCUCAAUCCAGAGUGAGCAUCGAGCCGACCCUGGAACCCGGAUCCCGGCCUGCUAAUGACAGCUUCACCCAUGGCCCGAGUUCACUCGAUGACACCAACCUCGGGAGUGACAACCCUGCUCCGACGGUAUCAAGCAUCGUUCCACAGAGACAACUUGACAACGUCGACAGUGACCCUCUGAUCAGCUCUUAUUACAAAUGUUUCCACAACUUCCAUCCGUUUCUGGUCCCUCGAUGGCACUUUUUAAGGUCAUGUCGGGACCCGAGCCGGCAGACUAGUUUGAGACCUCUCAUUGCUGUCAUGCGCCUGGUUGGAAAUGUCUACGUUGCCCGAGAAUGGUCGAUUCCGCUCAGAGAUGACUUGGAAAACUCCUUCUCCCAAUCAAACCAAGCAUGCCCAGUCAUGGUGCAGUGCCGACUAUUGUACUCCGUGAUGCUGUUCUGGUAUGACUACAAAGUUGAGGCCAAGGAGCAAAUAGGCUGUGCAGUCCGCCUGGCACUUGACAUGGAGAUGUUUCAACAAGAGUUCGCAGGGGCUCACGGAGGCGGGGAUCCUGUCCUGACUGAGAGCUGGAGACGAACGUGGUGGGAGCUAUAUAUCAUCGAUGCAUAUUACGCCGGAACCUUGGGCACCAUGAACUUUAUGGUUGUGGAUAUCGAAGCCACUGUCGAGCUGCCCUGUGAAGAGUCGGAAUACGAAUCCGGAGAAAUCCCCGAGCCAAAGACACUCGAGGAUUUUGACUGCCGCGAAUUCGCUUCCGAAGACAUCUCAUUCUCCUCAUUCGCCUACCUCAUCACUGCCGUAAGAUGUGCGGCGUUGGCGAUCUCCACAACUUCCAAGGUCGCCAGUAGAGAAGAUUCGGCACAAAUCAUCCAGAAUGCCGACUCAAUCAUCGAAGGAUGGUCGCUUCUACUACCUCGAGACCGCAAACAGGUUAUGACGAAAACUGGAGAAAUCGACGAGCUCUUGUUCCAGGCACACUUGGUCACAAAUGUCGCGACUAUUGGGUUACAUAGGCCGCUGUCGGACCUUCGAUUCAACCCCGUGGAGAACGUCUCCAGCUGCGCCAGAAAACCACCCGAGGAGACCACCAAGCCAGAACUCGUUAACAUCCAUACCGUUAGAGUCUUGCGAUCAGUGGAGGCACAAAUCCGUCUGUUGGCGCUACCGGUCCGACCAUUUCACCACUCGCCUUUCGUCACCUGUAUGACCAGUGAAGGGACGCUGGCAUUGUUAUCUGCUUGCAACUUUUUACUCAGAGGUAAGGAGUUGUCCAUCGCACGUGACCAGAUUCGGAUGUCGAUUGGCUGCCUCAAGACGUUGGGCGAAAUAUGGCCAAGAACAGCAAGAAAUUUGCAGGAGAUCCAGACCAUUGCCCGACAUGUGUUGAGGGUGGGUUCCAAGGCGACGAGCACCAGCAACACCCCUAAGUCGUGCGGCGUGCCGAGUCUGUCCGCGAGCGGGGGAGAGAUUGGCUCUCAGACUGAGCCGCCAACGAACGAAAGCGACGUAUUUUCUUCCUUCGGCUCAAUGGACGAUGUUUGUGGAUGGUACAGCCUUAAGGAUCUUGGUCCUCAAUUUGAAGAAUGGAUGGGAAAUGACCUUGUCUAGACGACAACUAAUCAAUCUUGAAGGACAAUGGACAGACAAAAUCUCAUAUCAAUAGCUCUAUUUGGACUUUUUCUACAUACCUAGGGAAAUUGAUAGAAAGUCCAUCAUCGCGAACGAGAUACAAUGCCAAUG